AACCCAAACUCCAAAAGAAAAUUUCCAAUUUCUCAGGAAAACAAUGGCUACUUCCUCUAUGUCUUUCCUUCAUAUUCUUGUCUUCUUUGUUUGUUUUGCCUCUGUCAGUUUGUCUUCACCAUUACCAAACCAACCAAAAACCUUUAUAAUCCACACUUCAAAUUCACAUAAACCGAUCCUCUUCACCUCUCACCAUGACUGGUACCAUUCCAUUGUCAAUUCUCUCCCUUCUCCUCCUCACCACCAAGCCAAGAUCCUCUACACCUAUAGCCACGCCGCCAAUGGAUUCUCCGCCCACCUGACUCCUUCUCAGGCGUCAAUAUUACGCCGUAUUCCUGGCAUUAUCUCUGUUAUCCCAGACCAAAUUCGCCAGCUCCACACAACGCAUACUCCUGAAUUCUUAGGUCUUUCUUCUAAUUCUGGUCUCUGGCCUAAUGGUGCUUAUGGCGACGACAUCAUCAUCGGUGUUCUUGAUACUGGUGUUUGGCCAGGACAUCCUAGUUUCUCGGACAAUGGUUUGACUCCUGUUCCUAAACAAUGGAAAGGCAUUUGUGAGACAUCUGCUGAUUUUCCUGUCGGGACCUGUAAUAAAAAACUUAUUGGCGCUAGAUCUUUUGAUAAAGGGAUUCUUACAUAUCAAGGGAAAAAUGUUGAUGAAUCGGCUGAUUCACAUUCUCCGAGAGAUACUGAAGGACAUGGAACACACACUGCUUCGACUGCUGCUGGUUCUUUAGUCCGUAACGCGAGCUUUUUAAGUUAUGCAAAGGGUGAAGCUCGAGGUAUGGCGUGGAAGGCAAGAAUUGCAGCUUAUAAGAUUUGUUGGAGUGUUGGCUGUUCCGACUCCGACAUUCUUGCUGCUAUGGAUCAAUCAGUUAUAGACGGUGUUCAUAUUAUUUCUUUAUCUGUCGGUGCUAAUGGCGAUGCUCCUCCAUACGAUCAAGAUUCACUUGCCAUCGGUGCUUUUGGAGCUACACAGCAUGGAAUUAUUGUCUCUUGCUCAGCUGGUAACUCCGGUCCAGGUCCAUCUACUGCUGUAAAUAUCGCACCUUGGAUUCUUACCGUUGGUGCUUCCACCAUUGAUAGAGAUUUUCCAGCUGAUGUUGUCCUCGGAGAUGGGAGCGUCUUCAGCGGAGUGUCUCUCUAUUCCGGUAAGCCACUUCCUGGUUCAAAGCUUCCAUUAGUAUAUGGCGGUGAUGUUGGAAAUAGGUAUUGUUUAACGGGUAGAUUAAGUCCGUCACAAGUACGAGGAAAAAUUGUGGUAUGUGAUCAAGGAAGAAUUGGGGGAGCCGAGAAAGAAAGUGCGGUGAAAAGUGCGGGUGGGCUCGGAAUGAUUUUGACAAAUAUUGGCGAAGAGCUUAGGGCUGAUGCUCAUCUUAUACCCGCCACUGAGGUUGGUGCAAUUGCUGGAAACAAAAUCAAAAAUUACAUCAAAAUGAACCGAAACCCUACUGCAACAAUUAUUUUUCAUGGUACUGUAAUUGGCAAUUCACCUUCAUCUCCUCGAGUUGCAUCCUUUUCAAGCCGCGGUCCGAAUCAUGUAACACCGGAGAUUUUAAAGCCUGAUGUUAUAGCUCCUGGAGUCAAUAUCUUAGCCGGUUGGACAGGAGCUGAUCCUAUAAGAGUUCAAUUUAACAUAAUUUCAGGCACUUCAAUGUCAUGUCCACAUGUUAGUGGAAUUGCAGCUUUGCUUCGAAAAGCAUAUCCGAAUUGGUCUCCUGCUGCCAUAAAAUCAGCUCUAAUGACUACUGCUUAUAACUUGGAUAAUUCUGGAAACAAUAUUCUUGACCUUGCUAGUGGUGAAGAGUCAACACCUUUUGUUCAUGGUGCUGGCCAUGUCGAUCCCAAUUCUGCUCUUGAUCCGGGACUAGUGUACGACAUUGAAACUAGCGAUUAUAUCUCGUUUCUUUGCUCAAGCGGGUAUGAUUCGGAGCGAAUUGCAGCUUUUGUUAGGGAAGCUACAAGUCCUAAUAUUUGCGACGAGAAAUUGACUACUCCAGGCAAUCUGAACUAUCCGUCAUUUUCGGUUGUUUUGAAAUCGGACUCUGAUGUGGUUACGUAUAAAAGGGUGGUUAAGAUUGUUAGUAGAUCUCUUAGUUCUGUGUAUAAGGUUAAGGUGAAUGCUCCUGAAAAUGUUGACAUUAAGGUCUCGCCGAGUACGCUUGUGUUCAGCGCAAAGAAUCGAAGUUUGUCGUACGAGAUUACGUUUUCGAGUUCUGCCAGCUCUGGUGGGUCUAUUAUUGAUCAAAGUUUUGGGUCAAUUGAAUGGAGUGAUGGGAGUCACGUUGUUAGGAGUGCUAUUGCUGUGAAGUUGCUACAAGGUCAAGGAGAGGCUAAGGCUUCCAUUUGAGCUGUAGAUUUGGGGAUUGUUUAAUUGUUGCAAACACACAAAAAUUAGCAUUUGAUAUGGGAAUUUGAAUUUUUCUAAUUUACUUGUAUGCAUGAAUAAGUGUUUCAGGAGAGAUUCCAAGUAAAUUUAUUGGAAUUGAAAGAAAUAAAGUUUGUAUUUUUUCAUACUGGAAUAAAAUACUCCCAUUGCUAAUCAAAA